AUGCUUCGCGAAGUCUACUCUGAUGACUCUGAUGACUCCAAUUCCGUCGUCUCCGAUUCUGACAAUGAAACCGAAAGAGAGUUUUAUGAAGUUGGAGUGGAAGACAUGAAGCAGUCUCUGGGUAGAAUUGAUGGUAUCUACAAUCCCAAAACCCGCAAACACCAAUACGACGCCUAUGAUCCUGCACGAGGACCAACCGACGAGAAAAAGGCGUCUGUCCCCAAGGAAAAUGGGCAAUGGGUGUUGCUCUUGAAGCGGGAGUUUGAUGAAAAGCUGAGACUCAAAGAGACUAAGCUUCGUAUUAACAGUCCGUUGGUUGCGAAGGCUGUCAAAAAGGUCGCCAAGGGGACUCGAGCUGCUCUUGAGAGAGAGAUUGCGGAGUUGUCCUGGCCGAAUGAUGAAAUUCUGCGAUACAGGAAUGAAAUCAAAGAGGCGGCAAAGGAAAAGGGAGAGCUUUCUGUUCAACAUGUGGAUGUGUUAAUGAAGCUGGUGGAGGAACAAUAUGCCAGUCGCAUCAAGGACAUGGAGACGAUGUUUCCAAAACGCACCUCUACAUUCGAAAUCCUGCGAGAGGCAUUCUGGGCUGGCGAUAUAGUGAUCGACCAGCAGUCAGCAGUUCCCAGGGCCUAUCGCGUCGUUGACGUUUCCUAUAAAGUGACCAUGUGUAAUCGGUAUCUAUCCAUAAAAACCAAAUUCAUCAACUUCAAUGGCAAGAAACUCGGCACCGUGAACAGGGAGCUCACUAUUGAUGACUUUGAGGGCGUCAAGUAUCUUCGUGAUCUUCCUGUGUGUCAUUUGAAGGAUCACCCCAACAAGGAGGCCAUCACUGAAGCUCUGAUCGAACGUGGUCAGAAGUUCCUGUCGUUGAGGGGGCAGAAUUAUAAAUUCCACAGUGGCGUCGCACAGGCGUUGAAGUCAUUUGUCAUGGUGGAUGCCGAAACAUUCAACAAAAACGAAGCCAACAGCAGCAUCUCGGUGUCUUCCAUCGACGAAGAACUCGUCAAUGGUGAGCCAACAGAGGAACACCUGCUGCUAUGCACGCAUCAAGUCCCCAUUUUUUCUUUUGAGGAUAAGUCGUUCUACUGGGCCGAUGUCAACAACAUUGCUGAAAUCAACUUCAACGAUGCUGCGUUUGACCAUUUGAUUCUUCCUUCUAGUCAGAAAGGACUUGUGCGUGCUUUGGUUGAGUCUUAUACCAGGGAUGAAAGCUUCGAUGAUUACAUUGCUGGCAAAGGAAAGGGUCUUAUCCUGCUUCUUCACGGACCUCCUGGUGUGGGCAAAACAAUGACAGCAGAAGCUGUUGCCGAUCUAUCCAGACGGCCCCUCUACGCCAUUACAUCUGGCGAACUCGGUGCUUCCCCAUCAGACAUGGAGACACACCUCCAGAAAGCCCUCGAUCUGGCCUCUAGUUACCACGCCGUCCUCCUCCUCGACGAAGCAGACGUCUUCCUCGAGCAACGCUCAACCCACGAUCUCGAGCGCAACGCCCUCGUCUCCACCUUCCUCCGCCAGCUCGAGUACUACCAAGGCAUCAUGUUUCUGACAACCAACCGCGUCAAGGCCUUUGACAAGGCAUUCUACUCGCGUAUCCACGUUACACUGCAUUUCCGGGAGCUCAGCAAUGGAACUCGUGAAGAGGUGUGGCGGAACCUGGGUGUCGCGAAUAAUAUUGAACUUGACUGCGUUGCACUUUCAAAGUCGCCGCUUAAUGGUCGCCAGAUCAAGAAUGCGUUUGGCUGUGCGAAGAUUUUGGCGAGAGAUCAGGGCGAGGAGAUGGCGAUGAAGCAUAUGCAGAUUGUGUUGGAUAUGAUGAAUGCGCCUGGGUUGGAUGAGGUUGUGGAUGGCUUUGAGUAA